AUGAGCUUUGUAUAUGAAAGCUGUACUAAUCCACAUGCCUGUUUGAAUGUUUGCUACAGGAAGCGAGCAGCUGCAAAGCAUCUAAUAGAACGCUACUACCACCAGUUAACUGAGGGUUGUGGAAAUGAUUCCUGCACGAAUGAGUUUUGUGCUUCCUGUCCUACUUUUCUCCGUAUGGAUAACAAUGCAGCAGCCAUUAAGGCCCUCGACUUAUAUAAGGUUAAUGCAAAACUCUGUGAUCCUCAUCCCUCUAAGAAAGGAACCAGCUCGUCUUAUCUAGAGAACAACUCCAAAAGUGCCCAUAACAACUCGUGCACGGAGAGAAAGAUGAACAAGAAGGAGGUGCAACCCAGGGAUGACUUCAAAGAUGUGAGUUUCUUGUCUGAAGAAAAGAUAUAUGAAAUUCUUGAAUUAUGUCGAGAAAGAGAGGAUUACUCUCCUCUGAUCCGAGUGAUUGGCAGAGUGUUUUCCAGUGCUGAAGCCUUGGUUCAGAGCUUCCGAAAAGCAAAACAACAUACUAAGGAGGAGCUUAAAUCCUUGCAGGAAAAGGAUGAAGACAAAGAUGAGGAUGAAAAGGAGAAAGCUGCUUCAUCCGCUGCUGCUAUGGAAGAUGAUUCUGCAGCUUCUUCCUCCAGGUUAAGCGACGGUGCCCAGGGAGAUAACAACAUACCGAAAUUAGGUCCAGAAGAAGUGUCUCUAGACAUUGAAGCAGUAAGACGGGUCUAUCACAGGUUACUUUCUAAUGAGAAAAUAGAAACUGCCUUUCUUAAUGCACUUGUCUACUUGUCUCCCAAUGUGGAAUGUGACUUAACUUAUCAUAAUGUAUAUUCUCGGGACCCAAAUUAUCUCAAUUUGUUCAUUAUAGUAAUGGAGAAUUGUAAUCUCCAUAGCCCGGAAUACCUGGAAAUGGCUCUACCGUUGUUCUGCAAAGCAAUGAGCAAAUUGCCUUUGGCAGCACAAGCAAAACUUAUCCGACUUUGGUCAAAAUACAGUGCUGAACAGAUUCGCCGCAUGAUGGAAACCUUUCAGCAGCUCAUAACAUACAAAGUUAUAAGUAAUGAGUUCAACAGCCGAAAUUUAGUGAAUGAUGACGAUGCCAUUGUGGCUGCCACAAAAUGCCUGAAAAUGGUUUACUAUGCAAAUGUAGUAGGGGGUGAGAUUGAAACAGAUCACAAUGAGGAAGAAGAUGAAGAGCCCAUCCCAGAAUCAAGUGAGUUGACCCUCCAAGAGCUUCUGGGUGAGGAGCGAAGAAAUAAGAAAGGGCCCCGAGUAGACCCCCUUGAAACAGAACUUGGUGUAAAAACGAUCGAUUGCAGAAAACCCCUCAUCCCUUUUGAAGAAUUUGUUAAUGAACCACUAAAUGAUGUUCUUGAAAUGGACAAAGACUAUACUUUCUUCAAAGUAGAAACUGAAAAUAAAUUCUCAUUUAUGACAUGUCCUUUUAUCCUGAAUGCUGUAACAAAGAAUCUGGGCCUCUACUAUGACAACAGAAUCCGCAUGUAUAGUGAGCGACGAAUCACAGUGCUUUACAGUCUAGUACAAGGACAACAGCUCAAUCCAUACUUGAGACUCAAAGUCAGACGAGAUCACAUCAUUGAUGAUGCUCUAGUUAGGCUAGAAAUGAUUGCCAUGGAAAACCCGGCAGACCUGAAAAAGCAGCUUUAUGUGGAGUUUGAGGGAGAGCAGGGGGUAGAUGAAGGAGGAGUUUCAAAAGAGUUUUUCCAGCUUGUUGUGGAAGAAAUAUUUAACCCCGAUAUAGGCAUGUUUACCUAUGAUGAGUCCACAAAACUCUUUUGGUUCAACCCAUCUUCGUUUGAGACUGAAGGACAGUUUACUCUCAUUGGAAUUGUUCUGGGCCUGGCAAUUUACAACAAUUGCAUUCUAGAUGUGCAUUUUCCAAUGGUUGUUUAUCGAAAAUUGAUGGGGAAAAAAGGAACAUUUCGCGAUCUGGCAGACUCUCACCCUGUCCUGUACCAAAGUUUAAAAGAACUGUUGGAGUAUGAGGGCAAUGUUGAGGAUGACAUGAUGAUAACUUUUCAGAUAUCACAAACUGAUCUUUUUGGAAAUCCUUUAAUGCAUGAUCUAAAAGAGAAUGGAGAUAAAAUUCCUAUUACAAAUGAAAACAGAAAGGAAUUUGUUAGUCUCUAUGCAGAUUAUAUUUUGAAUAAAUCUGUGGAAAAACAGUUUAAAGCCUUCAGAAGGGGGUUUCACAUGGUCACCAAUGAGUCCCCAUUAAAGUAUUUGUUCAGACCUGAGGAGAUAGAACUCCUUAUCUGUGGCAGUAGGAAUUUAGAUUUUCAAGCACUUAAAGAAACAACUGAAUAUGAUGGGGGCUACACUAGAGACUCUCAAAUUAUUCGGGAAUUCUGGGAAAUUGUAAAUUCCUUUACCGAAGAGCAGAAAAGAUUGUUUUUGCAGUUUACAACAGGCACAGACAGAGCUCCUGUGGGAGGACUAGGUAAACUAAAGAUGAUCAUAGCCAAAAAUGGCCCAGACACUGACAGGUUACCAACAUCUCAUACAUGCUUUAAUGUCCUAUUACUUCCGGAGUACUCAAGCAAAGAAAAGCUGAAAGAGCGAUUACUAAAGGCUAUCACUUAUGCCAAAGGAUUUGGCAUGCUGUAA